AUGAAGACACGGAUUUUUGGUCACCACAACUUUACCGACAAUUACAGCCGUACUUUCAUCAACCCUCUUGAAAAACUUCUGAUCUCCCGAUUCUGCUUCGAUUUUAUUCAUCGUCACCCGAGCAAAAACCUGCCCAUACUCCAAAAUCCCUGUCUCACACCCCACCAGCACACGCCCCUUCGGCACGAAAAUACGACACCUACUCCUCAAAUCCAUGAGCUGCGUCUCGAGAUGAGACCUAAGCAUUCUCAACACAUAGGGCUCGUUUUUCGGUUCGUAACCGAGCAUCAACAUCCUCGUCAGCAAACUCUUCAUCUCGCCACCUCCCGUGCUUUCCAGAACACUAAUCGCAGCUUCUUUUUCGGUCAGCAUUCUCCCGAGUUCUUGAAGUUACUGAGACUCGCUCCAUUUCGUAACGUUAAGCAUGCAAUUAUCGGACUCGAAUUUCAGCAUGCUGCUUCUCAAAGCAAGCUUCCGGAAGGAAUUUCGGCUCACGACUAUCACCCCUUUAUAUCCACCGUAUCGGAUUUGGAAAGCGGACGGUACGUGAGUCAGACCGAGUUUCCGGACAAUAUCCUUAGCAAACGCGUAGGAUAUUUUCCCGAUACCGUCCGAAAAGCAAUAUUUCACGCCAUCAUCAGAAACUAUCUCGAUAUCCGGUAUUCGGUCAAUGUCCCUUGGGUGGACUUCGAAAGUUUGCAUGGACGAGCUAAACAGCUGUCCCAUUCUAGCAGCACAUUUCGAUAUGCUCCGAAUCUUUUUAAAACAGCCCAUCCAAUCUCUUAUAUCGUCCGCAUUUAUGUACUCGUUCGAGGCAAACAUCCAAACAGAGUUCGAACGGAGUUGACUAGCAGAAAACGCUAA